AUGAAUACAUCCUUGACCGAGUCCUUCGGGAUUGCUAUCUUGGAAGCAGCAUGUGCAGGGUUAUAUGUAGUAUCUACUCGUUUGGGAGGGAUCCCAGAAAUUCUGCCACCGGAUAUGGUCAGUUUUGCAAAGCCAGAUGAGGACGAUGUUUUCCGAGCCAUCUCAGAAGCUAUUCAAAUAGUCUCCAGAAAUGGACACAAUCUGGUUCUUGCCCAUGAGUGCGUCAAGACGUUCUAUGACUGGGAAAAAGUCGCCGGGAGGACAGAAAAGGUUUAUAACACUGUUAUGGAAUCACCACAACGUGAUUUAUGGGAUCGCAUCUAG